AUGUCAUUGGGUACUUUAUAUGCUACUCAGCAAAUCAGGAGUCUUCCUGCAAAAGCAUUGGUCAAGCACUUCAACUUGGAUGUCAAAAUUAGCGAUAAAGAUGCUGCAUAUGAGAAGAAUUUCCCAUUGAAUAAGAUUCCAGCCUUUAUUGGUCCAAAGGGAUUUACUUUAACUGAAGUUAUUGCAAUCUGUCUUUAUUUCAUCAACUUGGGUGAUCCAAAAUCUAAAUUGUUGGGUAAGAAUGCUGCUGAAUAUGCUCAAAUCUUAAAGUGGACCUCUUUGGCUAACACUGAGUUGUUACCAACAGAAGCCAAAGUUUUCAAGCCAUUGAAUGGUACCCUUCCAUACAACAAGAAGCAAAUUGACGAGGGUUCUGCUUAUUUGGAAAAAGUCAAUGGGGUCUUUGAACAAAGAUUGUCAAACUACACUUACUUGGUUGGUGAAAGAAUCACUUUUGCCGACAUCUUAGCUGCUACUUUGUAUGUCAGAGGGUUUGAUUUCUUGUUUGGUGAACAAUGGAGAAAGCAACAUCCAGGAAUCACCAGGUGGUACAAGACUAUCAUCAAGUCCCCCAUCUUGGUAGAAUUUUUGGGCGAUUACAAAUUCAUUGAGAAGCCAAUUGAAUAUGUACCUCCAAAGAAGGAAAAGAAGGAGAAAGCUCCUGCUGCUGCUCCAGCUAAAAAGGAAGCUUCUGCUGCAAAAGCUGCCGAUGAAGAACCUGCUCCAGCUGCUGCACCAAAGCCAAAGCACCCAUUGGAAGCUUUGGGUAAGCCAAAAGCUCCAUUGGAUGAGUGGAAGAGAACUUAUUCUAAUGAAGAAACCAGAGAAGUUGCCAUUCCAUGGUUCUGGAAAAACCAAUACGAUCCAGAAGAAUGGUCAUUGUGGAAAGUUGACUACAAAUACAAUGAUGAAUUGACUUUGACCUUCAUGUCCAACAACUUGAUUGGUGGAUUCUUCAACAGAUUAUCAGCAUCAACCAAAUACAUGUUUGGAUGUAUGGUUGUUUAUGGUGAAAACAACAACAAUGGUAUUACUGGAGCCUUUUUGGUUAGAGGUCAAGAUUACGCUCCAGCAUUUGAUGUUGCUCCAGAUUGGGAAUCAUACGAAUUCACCAAAUUGGAUGCUUCAAAGGAUGAAGAUAAGAAGUUCUUUGAUAACAUGCUUGCCUGGGAUGAACCAGUUGUUGUUAAUGGUGAAAAGAGAGAAAUCUCUGACGGUAAAGUCUUCAAGUAG